AAUCAUCGAAUUCCACAAAUCUUCUACACUUCUCUCUCUGUAUCCAACACAAAUCCAUGUCUCGUCACCGCCGUCAAGCCUCCCAAGUCCUCCCGCCGGAGCUAAUCUACGGCGCGGAUGAUCCACCAGCAGCCACCACCCUCAGCCACGCCGGUGCAGGGGUCUCCGGGCAAGCAACCACUGGUGCAACUAACACUCGUAACAACUCCACAGAUCCACCCACAACAGCUCAACCAGCUCCAGCCACUCACUUUCCGGCACCAGGGUCCAAGCCACCGGCCGGGAGAGCUGCCGGUGUUUAAACCCAUUUGAGGCCGCGGGUUCCCAUUUUGUCUUUCUGUUGUAUCUGCCAUGAGUAAUAUCAGAGUACUUUUGUUGAGUUUUGUAGACUGCUUCCUGUCUCUCUCACUCUCUCUGUCUCUGGAAAAUAAAUCGAGAAAAUGAGAGAGAAGAUCCGGGUUGGAAUCUAAAGUUGGAUGUGGUUAAUGGUAUGCAGAAUGAAAAUUCGGUUUAUGAAAGCUUUCUUUAAUGGUAUGAAGAAAUAGAGCCUGUUGGUGGGA